GCCGCCAUUUAAGACCCUAAAAAAAAAAAAAAAAACUCACAAGAACAGAGAAAAAGAGAUCAUUGUUGAAAGCGAAUUCUCUAUCCCUCAACUUUACAGAUUUUGCUCUGCAUGAUGGCGAGGAACUGUGAUUCACGCGCUGGAGUAACGGCGCUGUCACUGAUCUUGUUAUGUCUAACGAUCAGUAACAAUAUAGUACCAGUAGCAGAAGCUAUAUGGCUAUCAAUUCCUAACUCGGGAACCAAGUGUGUUUCGGAGGAGAUCCAGAACGACGUUGUCGUUUUGGCUGAUUACUAUGUUCUUAACGAAGAACAUCCCGAACACCCCGUCACUGUUACUGUUCGGGUAACAUCCCCAUAUGGAAACAAUCUUCACCACAAUGAAAAUGCGACUCAUGGUCAGUUUGCAUUUACAACCUCGGAGGGUGGUAACUACUUGGCAUGUUUCACGUUAGAUGGUCAUCAGGAACCAGCUACAGGUGUAACUCUGAGCCUCGACUGGAAAAUUGGAAUUGCUGCGAAGGAUUGGGAUUCUGUGGCAAAGAAAGAAAAGAUUGAGGGUGUUGAACUUGAAGUAAGGAAACUUAAAGAUCACGCGGAAGCCAUCCACAAUAAUCUACUCUAUCUCAAGCAAAGGGAAGCUGACAUGAGAGAGGUCAGUGAAAAAACCAAUAGUAGAGUAGCAUGGUUCAGUAUCAUGUCCCUUGGUGUCUGCAUCGUGGUUUCAGUUUUGCAGCUGUGGCACUUGAAGAGGUACUUCCAAAAGAAGAAGCUUAUAUAAUCUUAUGAUGAAAAAACGAACCAUGUGAUUACAAUAUUGUACACAGUAUAUUAUUCUUUUUUCUUGAUUUUCACCUCUUGGAGGUGCGAAAUAGCUCAGGCCCAAGAACAGUCUCAUUUUGUGUGGGGAGGAAAGAGAAGAAAGGAGAGGAGAAAGAAUAAAAUAAUAGUCUAGAAUACUGAUUUCAUCCUUUUGAGUAUACACCGGUGGUGACUGAAAUUUGGUAGGCAUAACUGUAUUUCCUUGGAACGAAAGGGCCACAGUUGCUACUAUGACGGCAUUUUGUUUCCAAGACCUGCAUCACUAAUGUUCUGAGGAUGUUUCUGUUGGGAACUCUUCUGCAAAUUUAAGUUCAAUGCACUGAGCCCCUUGCCUGGAAGGUUUUUGUCCAUUUCUUUUGCAACUCACGGAAUAAUCUAAGAUCGUGAGUUUCAUUUUCCUUGAUGGAAGCGGAAAGACAAUGUCGGUUCUUGUGUAUGUAUUGUCGAAAUUUAAAAUGUUUAUUUUAUUUUUUUAGUCCAA